UGUCAAGUAAGUGUCAAUGCCCUUGUGUGACCUUUGCAGUACUGCUUGUAUGACUGAAUGCUGACACUUCGCCACACUCUGUUUGAAUACGGACUAUUGUCUUAUAAGUUGCAAUGGGACAGACAUUGAACACAGCUACUACAAAUCCUUUGACACAGCAGCAGGUAAAGAAAGAGCCUCCAGAUGGAGGUUAUGAUACAUACCUGACAACACACCACAUAGGCGAAUUAAGAUCUGGCGGGGCACAGAUUAUUCCUGCCUCCCAGGUGUCCCCUUCCUCGACCUCACAGACAUCCCCAUUGAUGAUGGAUGGGUCAACCAUUGCAAAGAGGCGGAAGGGGCCUGCACCGCGAAUGGACCUGGAGCUGUGUUUAGUGUGUGGGGAUCGUGCAUCUGGAUUCCACUAUAAUGCUCUUAGCUGUGAAGGAUGCAAAGGUUUUUUUCGUAGAAGUAUCACAAAAAAUGCAGUUUACAAAUGUACGCGAGGAGGUAAUUGUGAGAUGGAUAUGUACAUGAGACGAAAAUGUCAGGAAUGUCGUCUAAGAAAAUGCCGUGAUGUAGGGAUGUUAGCAGAAUGUUUACUAACAGAGGAACAGUGCAAAUCAAAAAGACAACGGAAACUACUAAAAAAACAACAACAAUCAUUUGACCUGCCAUCCCCGCAACAGAGUGGCGACGAUAUCAACUCCACCAUCUUCCAGCUAUCAGAUGAGCAACAAUUGAUUAUUGAGACGUUGGUCAAUUCACACAAAGAGUUAGAGAUUCCAGGCCCAGAGGACUUACACAAAGUGACGCCCUGGUUAGAGGCCAAUAACUGGAAAGGGAAACUCCAAGGUACAAGUGAGCCAUGGCUUGAAAGUGCUCAACAAAGUCAUUUUCCUGCAUCUCUCGGUGACUUACAAAAAAAUGACGGAGAAGCGUUGCAGUCCCGCUUUGCACACAUCACUGAACUCACCAUACUCACUAUUCAGCUGAUUGUAGAGUUUAGUAAAAAGAUUCCUGGAUUUUUGGAACUUAGUCGUGAAGACCAGAUAGUCCUUUUGAAGGGCUCUGCUAUCGAAAUUAUGUUGCUGAGGACCGCCUUGAGAUAUGAUGCAGAAAAUGAUGCAAUCAUGUUUGGUAACGAACAGCCAUACACACGCAAGCAGCUUCAUGAUGGUGGAAUUGGCGAACUGGUGGAUCCUAUGUUUGACUUUGCAAAAGGGAUGGCCGAGUUAGAUCUGGAUUAUACUGAAUAUGUACUCUUAAUGGCCGUUGCUAUUUUAUCAUCUGAUCGACCAUCUGUACAGGACAAGGAAAAAGUUGACGAGGUUCAAGAAGGUUAUCUGGAAAUUUUAAGAUCAUAUUUGCGUAUUCGAAGGCCGAAAGAAACAUUAUUAUUACCAAAGGUAUUGAUGAAAUUAACAGAACUUAGGACAUUAAACAACAGUCACUCUGAGCUGUUGUUCCAGCUGAAACUAGCCGAUCAGAAAAUUCCCCCGCUGCUGACUGAAAUCUGGGAUGUAAAUGGUUAAUGUCUGGUGAAUCAUUGUUGUGCUUUUGAGAAUAAGAUUCAGAAGAUAUUUUCACAGUACAUGCUGAGUUGAUGUAUUUUGCUGCAUUAGCUUUCAAGCUACCAGAAUGAACAUCCUACCUGCAAACCAUUAUGGGAAUGAUUGCUCUAUUCCAUGAAAAGACUUUUGUCUUUCGAUCAAGAGUCAUUUGACUGCCUGUUACUCAGGUCUUGUGGCCUCCGUGACAAGGAUUAAAUAGAGGUGUAUAAAGUUUUAUGAUGUAUAUACAGUUGACAACCAUUUUGAGCUCUUGGUAGGUUUUUAAAAUGAUGGGGUGUUGUCGCAAGGACUUUUAUUUUUAUGCCAUUUCUCAUCCUUUUGGAUAGAUAUUACCAAAUAGAACUUAUAUCAUGACUCACAGAAUAAGAUUUCAAGAAUUCUUUCAUUUUUA